AUGAGCUACUGCGGGCCCAGGGUGAGCUCAUUGACAGUCAAACCUGACAGUGGUUCAAGUGGUUCAAGUGCUAAGCGGAGUAUUGUGCGUCAACUUUCACCAUCACCAUCAUCACUACCGUCCCCGCCACUACCACCACCAUCACCGUCACCGUCACUACCACCAUCACCACCACCACCACCACCACCACCCCCAAAAGCAACAGAAACUACUAUGGUACCAGACGCACAGAGGCAGUCAAAUGCUGCCCAUAAGCCAGAUCCAGAUCUGCCGAAUCUGCGCAGACUGCGGAUUCAGGAUGUAAUCCAAAACCGAUUGUCCUCCGCAGAGAUAGACGAAUUGGUGGAUCUGGUGGCGUGGUUGGACGGUAUCGUGCAAGGAGUACAAGUGUUCUUCGCUUUUAGGGACACACUUUUACAUAUGUCAUACGACGAAGCCUUAGACGUAUAUUUAGAUGAGGUCGUUCUGUAA